GUGUACACGAUUAAAACCACUUGCUUGCGCCUUCGUCUGCGCAGGAUACAAUCGCGAAGGAUCGACGGAGGCAGCUGAUAUAUUACUGCGGAACCUCCGUGCAGGAUUUGCACUCACCUUAUUCCGCCAGCCGCUUUCAAUCCACGCACUUUGGAAAGCCGUUAUAAAUCGUCUGUCACGAGACGAAGAGAGUGCUGCAACCCAAGGAGAUGUAACACGAAAGUUGAACAGCAUGCAACAGAAAACUUCGUUGGAAUUACCACCAGGAGUCAGAAUUAAUGAACUGAAAGAUGCACGUCAUGCAGUAAUGGUGUGCUUACGGGAAAUCGAAAAAAUAAAGACGUUCUUAGAAGAUGAAAACUCCUGGUGGAAAAUUCUAAAAGGACGUUCUGUCAAUUGUUGUCAACAAAAGUUGCCACACCUGCAUGGAGUCUUAGAUGGAUCAUCAGUCACUUUAAUGUUGCUUGAGGAAGGCAACGAUGAGGUUCCACGUCGUUUUGUGACAUCAGUGCCGAAAGAAAAAAGCAAUGCCAUCGGUUCCAGAUUCGGGACUUCUUCAAGAGAAUUGAUGAAUGAAGCAGAGGGAACCGAGCAGUACACGAAUCAUCAAACAGACUACGCGGAUCCUUACACGAUUCCACAUUACAGUCUCGACAUGAAAUCAGCACUGAUUGAAGUUACGAGCCGCGAACCGAGUCAACGAUACGUUACAAGAACUGUUACGAGCGAACAGAGUAUUGAUGCUUCCGACAUUCGUAUAGAAGCGCAAGAAGAUAGAAAUGAUGAGCAGAUAAUGUCACAGAGACCGCAUAGAUCCAGAGAAACACGUGACAACGUACAGUAUGAGGAUAGAGAGAACAGGAUCGAUAGAUCAAAUAUUGUGUCACCGAGAGAAAUACGAUACGAUCAGAACGCCCAGAUGUUUGAAGAUGCACUACAGCCCCAAGAGACAUCAAAUACCGGAAGCAGAAAGCACAUCACAAACGACUUUGAAUCAAACGUCGAUUUAAACACGAAGAUUCCAUCUAGAAAUGUGUCAAGUCAUAAGCCAAGAACAAAGGCGAUCAUUGAAAAAAGCGUUGGUUGUUUUAAAAAAAGACUUCCGACGAAAAUCUCAAAGACCAGAAAUUAA